AGGAGGAGAUCCAGAAGAAAACUGGCUAUAUUGUAAUGAGAGCAGAGGGAGUAUAUGAUGUCCAUGCCCAUGCAUCUAUUUAAAAUAGCCAGACUUAUAAACUUGAUAUUUGUGAUCCCAGUUGCAAGUGAAAUUCUGUUUAUUGUGACUGUUGUGGGAUUAUUAUGCUUUAUGAUUAAGAACAUCAGUGUGAGACAGUAUCUGGUUUUGUAUGCGAAGCAUUUGGAUACAUCCCGAGCUGGGGCUGGUGAGAGCAUCAAAGUUGUCCUCAAAAGGGAUAAUCAAGAUGAUGAUGAUAAGCAUGAUGAAGAUGGAUCUGAUCAUCAAGAUUUGACGGAAAGGCAUCAAAUAUAUAGACUUAAGGUAGGGUAAAAGAACCAAAUGGGAUUCAGUAAAAAAAAUAAGAAAAUGAAUGUAGCUAGCAGUCAUGCAGUCUCUUGACUCUCUUCCACAUAUAACUUUUUGAAAUUAAUGCUAUUAUGGGGGCAUGCAUUUGUUCAUAUAGGAAUCUGCUUUUAUAUUGUUCAUCCUAUGAGAUGCUUCAUUUGUUGGCUCAGUUUGCUAAAUGAAACUUAGCAACUAAUAAUAAUAAUUCAUAUGCUUUGUUCUUGUGUAACAUUCAAGUUUAAACAUUUUUUCUGGAAAAUAAAUUAUCCAUGUGAUA